GUUCACAAUCCCGCCCAAGGUGAGACCUUCCCUCUCGAGGCACGCACCGGACUGCUGCAAGACACGAGCGCUCUCCAUGGAUGCCGAAUCAUCACCGUUCGAGAGCAGCGAGAUGCUGGCGAGUUUCCUGGCGUCGACGCCCGUCUUGGAGGAGUCGUGGGGGCUGUGCAGCUUCGCGAAUGCCGCCGCCCCGGGGAGCUUCGUGGCGGACCAACGCGGUGAGGUCGGGUACCUGGCGUUCUCAAGCGUCCAGGUGAUCGACGGGUCCGAGCCCAGUUGCGGGACCCUGAUGGCACUGGACGAGUUGGAAUGCGAGCAUCUGUUCUCGCUGUUGAGGUGCGACGGCGACGAGACAAUCAGGGUGGACGCCGGAUUCCUCCGUCUCUUCCUGGAAUUUUACCGCCGACCGGAUUUCCAAAUCAAGAUUUGGGAAUUACUGGGAAAAUUCAAGAUGCUUAUCGUCACAGGCCAUUCCUUUGGAGCAACAACCGCCUCUCUCACUGCUCUUUGGCUCCUCUCCUAUCUCCAGCCCAUCGCUUCUCCCAUCUCAGUCCUCUGCCUCACCUUCGGCACUCCUUUGCUCGGCAACAAGUACCUUUCCCAAGCCAUUCUCCGAGAAAGAUGGGGCGGGAGCUUCUGUAACGUUGUCUCGAAGCUCGAUGUAGUGCCGAAACUGUUCUUCGCUCCACUAGCCUCAUUGACUCCUCAACUGCACUUGCUGCUUCAGUUUUGGCAAGUCACUAUGGCUUCACCCAGUUUAGAACAGCAUGUUGGAGAACUGCGAAAACAAAAUUUCUAUGAAUUCUUCAGCAAUGUCAAGGGUUUUGUUAAAUAUGCCGAACAAUCAGGAGGGGCAAAGAACAGUUUGUUUUGGCCAUUGGGAAGCUACCUAUUCUGUUCAGAAGAGGGAGCAAUCUGUCUGGAUAAUGCAACCUCUGUUGUUAAGAUUAUGCGUUUGAUGCUCGAGACAGUCUCUCCAGCUUCCAGUUUUGAGGAUCAUCUGAAGUGUUUUGAGGAUCAUCUGAAGUAUAGUUAUUAUACAGGACUACUUUCUUCGCAAUUCCUGAAAAGGACAAACAUCAACGGCCUCUCCACAUCAAGCUACGAAGCUGGUGUCUCCUUGGCAUUACAAUCCUCAGGAAUAGAUCCGCAGGAUGACAAUAUUUUAAGACCAGCUAAAGAUUGCCUGCAGAUGGCUCGGCGCAUGGGAUGUGCACCGAACCUGAACAAUGCUCAUCUAGCUAUCAGACUAUCUAAGAUAAUGCCCUGCGCGGCACAACUUGAGUGGUACAAGGUACGCUGUGACGAGUCCGGGGAUCAACUUGGGUAUUACGACACAUUCAAGAAAUUUGGAGCAUCCAGGAGAGAGUUCAAAAUCGACAUGAACCUGUUCACACUCGCCGCAUUCUGGGAUGAUGUCAUACGCAUGGCAGAACGGAAUGAACUCUCGCACGAUUUCCACCGCAUAUCCUAUUGGAUCAAUGCGUCCCAUUUCUAUAAGCUCCUUGCCGAGCCAUUUGAAAUCGCUCGCUAUUACCGUCUUGGUAAGCACCUGGUGCAGGGACAUUACAUUAAGCAUGGAAGGGAUAGGAGAUUCCAGAUUUUUGACAGAUGGUGGAAUCAAAUGAUUGCUGGUGCGGGCCUGGAACCACGACUAUUUCAGAACAAAAGGAGUAGGAGCAGGGAUGCAAGCUUGACUCAAGAUUCUUUGUUUUGGGCGAAGGUGGAGGAAGCAAAGGACUGGCUCGAGAAUGCGAAUAAGGAAAGGUACUCCAAUAAGUUGGAACCGCUUUUGUUGAACAUGAAAGAUUUUGAGAAGUACGCGGAGGAGCUAAUUGAGAGGAAGGACGUGUCUAAAGAUGUUCUGGCUAUGAACUCAAGUUACAGAUUAUGGGCUGAGCAAUGGAAAGCUUUGAAGUCGAAGCUCCCGCAGCCACUUGAUCCUGCUCUGAGUGGAAUGAAUUGUGAUUGAAGAAAAAUCAAUACAUUCAUCAUUGUUUAUGCGAGAUUUCAUCUCUGGUGUAAUUGUAAUGCAGACAAUACUUCUUGUAGACGAACCUGUAGCACUUGUUGAAGACAUCUUCAGGUACUUCAGUUUGGACACAACAAUGUACUUUAAAUAGAGCAUAUUUACUUGUCAGUAUCAUCAAGUGAUUAUUGUAUAUAACACUUAACUCUUCCAAU